UUUCGGGCAAAAGUAUUUCGGUCAUCUGGUAACACUGGCCACUCGCACAUGUUAGAAACGUAAACAAAAACGCAAAACACAAUUUUUGAAAAUGACCAGAAAAAAGGCUCCCAAGAAGAAAACAGAGGUUGUCUUUGACAACAAGAAACGCAUAGAGUUCCUCAGUGGCUUCCGGAAAAGAAAGAACGAACGACGAUCGCGUGCAAAGGCGGAGCUGGAAAGAAACCUAAAGAAUGAGCGCAAGCGUAUCCGUCAGGAAGUAAAGGAUGGCUUCAACCACCUGAAGAAGUCCUUCGAACCACUGCGCGAACUCACCGAGGAGGACAAGGCCGAGGAGGAGCAGCAGGAGGAGACCUACGAAGAUGACGAAGUACAGGUGAAGAUCGUGGAGCUGACCACCAACGAUCUGGCCGCCAAGCGCAAUAUGUUGGGUGCCAACACGGCAGAGGAAAGUGAACCGGAGGAGCAGGCUGAGCAGAGCGAGGAGGACGAUGUCGACCAGGCCAACAGGAUACCCGGCAUGGAUUUCGAUCCCAACGCACGCAAACGUAAAUCCAAGCCGGUGGAAGAAGAGGAGCCGAAGGCCAAAAAGGCCAACAACUCUACUGAGCCGGACAUCAAGAGCAAAAAGGAUCUCGACCGCCUGAUGAAGACCAAAACGCUGAAGAAAAUGCACCAGAGCAAGCUGUUCAAGCAGAAGGAGCGCCUGGACAAGAAGAACAACCAGAAGAAGGCCAAGAGGGACCGCAACAACACCAUCAAGAGCGUGCCAAAGCACCAGCGGAAACAGCUUAAGUACGGAAAGUCCAACCAGACCAAGUACCGAAAGGGACGGAUGGUCAACAAGAAGGAGCUGCGGCGCAAACGCAAUGCCGACUGAAUUUAGCUUUUAGCAUAGUUUGUUUUACGGUUUAUUUACUAUUACUCUAGUUGAUCAAAUAAACUGUAUAAUUCCUGGCUUGUACAAUAA